CUUUGCUUCUACAGCAAAAUAACUCCACCUUCACAUUCGAAUCCACCGAUUCCAUAACUCCAUCAUUCCUUCGUUCAAUAAUAAAAUUUUCAAUUUUUAGUUUAAACCCAUUUUCCUUGGGAAUUCCCUGUCAUCUUAAUCCCAUCAGCAGUUCAAUCCGAUCCCAAUUUGAUUUGAAGAGCUUUUAUAAGAUGCAGAGAAGUAGACGUAGGUGCGAGGGCACUGCCAUGGGCUGCAUCGUACUCGAUCUUCGUCCUGGCCUCGGCCUCGGCCCUUUCUCUCUCGGGAUGCCGAUAUGCGAAGCUUUUGCUCACAUAGAGCAGCAGCCCAACGUUUAUGAUGUUGUUCAUGUCAAGUACUAUGACGAGGAGCCUCUGAAACUUGACAUGGUUAUUAGCUUCCCUGACCAUGGCUUUCAUCUUAGGUUUGAUCCUUGGUCGCAGAGGCUGCGCCUUAUAGAAAUUUUUGAUGUCAAACGGCUUCAGAUGCGGUAUGCUACUGCCUUGAUCGGUGGACCAUCUACUCUUGCAACAUUUGUAGCUGUCUAUGCUCUUUUUGGGCCAACAUAUCCUGGAAUUUAUGACAAAGAAAGGGGCGUUUACACUCUGUUUUACCCAGGCUUGUCCUUUGCGUUCCCGAUACCCUCACAAUAUGCAGAGUGUUGCCGUAACCGUGAAGCUGAACUGCCCUUGGAGUUUCCUGAUGGCACAACUCCAGUUAGUUGUCGUGUCUCAGUAUAUGAUUCUUCUACAGACAGUAAGGUUGGUGUAGGCACUUCACUGGCCAAGGCAUGUGUACCUCCACUGCCUGCUGGCAGCCUUUACAUGGAAGAAGUGCAAGUGAAGUUAGGGGAAGAAUUGUGGUUUACAGUUGGGGGGCAGCAUAUCCCUUUUGGCGCAUCACCACAGGAUGUAUGGACUGAAUUGGGAAGACCCUGCGGAAUUCAUCAAAAACAGGUGGACCAAAUGGUAAUCCACUCUGCUUCAGAUCCUCGGCCACGAACAACCCUUUGUGGAGAUUACUUCUAUAAUUAUUUCACACGUGGCUUGGACAUCUUGUUUGAUGGGCAGAGCCAUAAAAUAAAAAAGUUUGUUCUGCAUACCAACUAUCCUGGGCAUGCAGAUUUCAACUCAUACAUGAAAUGCAAUUUUCUGAUAUACAGUUCUGAUUUUGGUGGGUCAUGUCAUCAGGAUGUGAAUGCCUCUAAGUGUGCAAUAACGCCUAGUACAAAGUGGGAACAAGUUAAGGAAAUCCUUGGCGACUGCGGUCGAGCUGCCAUUCAAACUCAAGGCUCUACCAGCAAUCCUUUUGGAUCUACAUUUGUGUAUGGUUACCCAAAUAUUGCCUUCGAGGUCAUGAAGAAUGGUUACGUUGCAACUGUGACUCUUUUCCAGUCGUAAUGUUUUACAUGUAGACAUGGAUCAAGGGCAGUUUGUACGGACAAAUGGUGGCUGAACGAGUAUGUAUUACAUUAUAUCUGAUGGAAGGUUUGAACAUGUACAAUUCCUACAACUUGUAUAGUUCUGUAAAUUAUCAUCUCGUACACAAAAAUGGUUAUUUAAUAAAAGUUCUGUGAAAAUCGCA